AUGCCCAAGAACAAGGGAAAGGGAGGCAAGAACCGUCGUCGCGGAAAGAACGACGUUGGCGACAAGCGCGAGCUCGUCCUCAAGGACGAAGGCCAAGAAUACGCUCAGGUGCUCAAGAUGCUUGGCAACGGUCGUUUGGAGGCACAGUGCUUCGACGGUGAGAAGCGUCUGGCGCACAUCCGCGGCAAGCUGCGCAAGAAGGUGUGGAUCAACCAGGGCGACAUCAUCCUCAUCUCGCUGCGCGACUUCCAGGACGGCAAGGCGGACGUCAUCCAGAAGUACAACGCAGACGAGGCACGUGCACUCAAGCAGCAGGGCGAGCUGCCCGAGUCGGCCAAGAUCAACGAGACCGACACCUUCGGCGAGGAGGAGGGCGGAGACGUAGAGUUCCAGGAGGGCUCCGACGACGACGACGAAGACUCGGAUGACGACGACGACCUCGACGACCUCUAG